CUCAGCAGAAUUUACCAUCGACUCAGUGAUUCGGUGUCUGUUGUCCAUCAUGUAUGUGGUUUGAUUUUCGUGUAGUGUCCUUAUUGUGAUUUGAUGUAGUGCAAAUUUUAGUUUUAGUUAUAAAAUGAAAUUGCAUACAGACACAAUGAGCAAAAAUAACAAACCAGAAAAAUCUUCAAGCCAUUAUGAGGGACCACCCAUGUCAUUAGCAGAGUCAAAGAAAAAUGGCCGUCGUUUAACGAAAAUCGGAUUAUGUUUAUGGCCGUCCUUACUUAUAAUAAUAGGGGUGAUUGGAAUAUUAAUAGCAAUCAAAAUAUUGCUUUCUAACACAGGUUACAUAUCAACAACUGAAAUAGUAUCAUUGAAAUGGAUCAGUCAGACUUCGGAAAAUAUUCAAAGCAAAAGUGAUAUUUUCUACCAAGUUAAAAAUGAAACUUCUAUGUCAAAUAAGAAGAGAAGUAAAAGAAUGGCAAUUGCUCCAGCUAACGACACAGAAAAAGUAAACGACAUCUUUUCAAAAUACAAAGAUAGAGAAAUCUUAAAAGCUCGAGAAAUAAUUGCAAAUCACAAAGUCGAGUGCAAUGAAGAGAACAAAAGUGAAAUAUGCAAAGACCUUGUCACGAAAUUAAGGAGUCUCAGGAAUACGAAAAAUGAAAAUACGCAUCGAGGUCUUUUUUAUUCUUUUGACAAUGCAGUUUCUGAGAACCCAAAUCGCGAAAUUCAUCCAGUGAAGGUUCCAUUAAGAAAAUACACUGCUAAUAACGUAGCAGAAAUUAAUCCGUAUGUUAAUUUAUAUCCGAGUCCAAGUUAUACAGUCAAUAAUUACGCCCCCUACCAACCCCCUCCGACUCCACCACUAUCUGAAACUUGUUUACUAGCACGGUUAUUAAAAGAUAAUCAGGCUCAUUACAAAGGUCUCGUUCCUCAAGAAUACAACUCUCAAUAUGCGCAACAUCUGACGGCUUACAACAGGUUCCCAGCAUCGGCAUCGAAUCCUUAUCCCCAAAUGCGAGACGUAGAGGCUCAAACACACAAGGUGCACCCGCAAGACGUUGACAUUCUGAUGCGUUAUCUGACUCCAAAACAAGACGGUGCUGAUAAAAUGACGUCAAAACCGUCCAACAGUACAACACGUGAAGCUCAAUGUCCCUUAGGCUCAUUGUCAUGUAAUGAUGGAGACGACUGCAUCUCCGAAACGCAGUGGUGUGAUGGUAACGUCGACUGUCCUGACGCUAGCGACGAAGUGGGGUGUUCAUGCAAAUCUAGAGUAGACAAGUCCAGAUUGUGCGAUGGAUAUUUUGACUGCCCGUUCGGUGAAGACGAAAUGGGAUGCAAUGGUUGUAGUGAGAACAGUUUUAGUUGUGAAGAUAUAGACGUGAAUUCUCGCAGCACAUGUUUUACAAAAGAACAGAGAUGUAACAACAUUGUCGACUGCCCAAACCAAAGAGACGAGUUUGAAUGCAAUAGUUUAUCUCCAAUCUUGCACAGAAAACCUCUAUUUGCAAUUUCCAAUACAGAGGGCUAUUUGUAUAGAAAUUUCAGAGGUGAUUGGUUCCCGGUGUGCAAAAAUCCGUACAUGUGGGCCCAUGAUGCUUGUCGCCGGGAAACUGGACUUAUAAUAAGACCUCCGUUUAUCCAAUUGGUGGCAAUCGAUAAUAUGUCGAGGGUGACCUAUUUGAACACUGGGCCGGGCGGAUUGAUCCAUACGAGUGAUACCUGUUUCAACUCAUCUGCUGUCUAUGUCACAUGCCCUGAUAUUCUCUGUGGCACCAGGAUACUGUCUACCUCGCAAUUGCUACGAGAGAAUACAGCUAUUGAAAAUAGGCUUUUCGGUCGUAAUAAACGAUUUCUUCUGAACCGCAACCCUUACGGAAUAUUUUACGGUGGCCGUCGGCGGCACACAAAUAAGGAUACGAUUGAGAAUAUUGCUUCAGCCCACACCAAAUAUAACCAGGAGAAUGGAGAAAAAUAUAAUUUCAUCGAUGAAAAUAAUUCGGUCAAAUUGAGGGGUAAGAGGGCGGAGAGUAGAGUGGUGGGGGGGAGACCCAGUCAGCCUGCGGCCUGGCCUUGGAUGGCGGCAAUGUACAGGAAUGGAAUGUUCCAUUGUGGUGGAGUGAUCAUCAACCAACAUUGGAUCAUGUCGGCGGCGCAUUGCGUACAUGAAUUUUGGAAUCACUACUACGAAAUUCAAGUGGGGAUGCUACGACGCUUCUCGUUUUCACCACAAGAACAAAAUCAUCCUAUCUCUCACAUCAUAGUCAACCAUAAGUACAGCCAAGCUGAUAUGAAAAAUGAUCUUUCAUUGCUAAGAGUUACGGAAGAAAUACUAUUCAGUCGGUGGGUUCGACCAAUAUGUCUGCCUGGUCCCGACACGGCAGGAGCUGAUUGGUUAUGGGGUCCAUCAGUUGGCACCAUGUGCACAGCAGUAGGAUGGGGAGCCACAGUGGAACAUGGCCCAGAUCCUGAUCAUAUGCGAGAAGUAGAACUACCAAUUUGGUCCGACUGUAAACACGUAGAAGAUAGAGAGGGUAAAGAAAUAUGCGCAGGACCAUCCGAAGGCGGUAAAGAUGCUUGUCAGGGCGACAGUGGAGGACCUCUUUUAUGUAGAAACCCUUUCAAUUCUCAACAAUGGUAUGUAGCAGGAAUUGUCAGUCAUGGAGACGGAUGUGCCAGAAAAGGAGAACCUGGUGUUUACACUCGUGUCAGUAUAUUCAUGAAAUGGAUAAAACAUCACAUUUCUUCCAGUUCAUUACCAAAGAUAAAACCAAAACAAGUAUGCCCUGGUUUUAAGUGUAAAUCAGGUCUGUUUAAAUGUCUUCCCGAUAAAAGAGUCUGCGAUAAGAUUAUUGACUGUCUCGAUGGAGAAGAUGAGCGAAAAUGCAAUGAUUUGAGAUCAUUUGAUAAUAUAUUUAUGAGCAGAGCAAAUAAUGAUACUAUACAAACAUCGAGAUUAGGAAAACAAUCAAAAUUAGAGAACACGAAGAAAAUUGAUAAAAAUGUUGAACGUUCGACAAAGGAAUUAGAAGACGACUUAAGACAUGCAUCAACAAUUGAAAUCUCUAUAACUAAAAGUACAGAAUCAGAAAGUAAAAGCACAGAGUCUGAAAGUAAAAGUACUGAAAGUGAUAGCUCUAGCGAACAGAUAACUGAUAAGUCCAUCAUAAGUAGAGAAUCGAAAAAAGACAGUAACGCUAACGAAGGUAUGUUUGCCAUAACAUCAUCACGAGAGGCAUUAGAGUCUAUGUCAUCUGUUAUAGAAAGUCAAAGUGUCCGUCCAGAGAGAGGAGAUUUAAAGGAAGUUGAUUUAGAAGAUAGAGUUACUAGCACAACGGAAAUUAUUGAAUUAUCUACUAAUGCUUCUAAUGAGUCAGUUACCAAUGAUAUCGAUUUGUUCACCGACAUAUCUACUACAGAAAUAGUGACACCUUCAGAUAUUUUACUUGAUGUUAACACAACUGAAAUUAUUGAAACAAAUAAUACAAAUAAAAACAUAGAUGAAGUUGAAUCUAAAUCUUUAAUUGUAAAACUUUUACCAACUUCUCGCCCCAUCAAUGAAAUUGAUAAUGACUUCAAUAUAAAUGACUUCAAUAAUACGAAACAUAAAGAAAUAGAUGUCUCAUCUCAGUCUGAAAAGUCUAAGAAACUUCCUGAUUUCAAUGAUAAAAUAGAAGAUAUUGUUUUUCCUGAGCUCCAUCCAGCAAAAAUAAGAAAGAAACAUCUUAUUCCUACUGAAUUCGAGUGCAGGCAGAUAUCACAAAUUAUUCCACGCAAGUAUCGUUGUGACCAUAAGGCUGAUUGUGAAGACGGUACUGACGAACUUGAUUGUACAUGUACAGAUUAUUUAACUACAUUUGAUAAGAAUUUAUUAUGUGAUGGGGUAUUUGACUGCGCAGAUGGACAAGACGAAGUUGAUUGUUACACUUGCCCUGAAGAUAGAUUUCUUUGCAUGAAAAGUCAGCAAUGUCUACCUACAAAAUAUGUUUGUGAUGGUGAACCACAGUGCCCUCAAAAAGAAGAUGAGUUAGAUUGCUUUGCACUUUCAAACGGAAAGGAACUGGCUUAUGAAUUUGAUGGUAAACCAAAAAUAAACGUAGAAGGAUUCCUAACAAAAAAAUAUAAAAAUGAUUGGCACGUGGUAUGUGAAGAUACAUUAUCUACAAAACAGCAGGAGGAAGCUGCUAUACACAUUUGCAGAUAUUUAGGAUUUAGCUCAGCCAAUCGUUACAUGGUGAAAAAUAUAAAUAUACGAAAUAAUAAACUAUCUGAAUUAAAUUCGAAAAUAAGAAGAGAGGUAAAUCAUGCACCCGUGCAUUUUGCUUAUAGAAGUCAAAUCGACAACAAUGAUGCUCGGCAUGUAGUAAUUAAAGACCCUCAAAUACUUAAAGAAGAAUGUGUUCCAAAUGUUACCAAAACGUGCAUGUCUCUUUAUGUAAACUGCGACCGACCGUUAUUCGAUAAUGAUAUAUUUGAAGAACUAUUUAAACGUGAAGCAAAUUCUAUAACAGACAGGCCGUGGCCGUGGGUAGCAAAAAUUUUUGUUGAAGGAGAUUAUAAAUGCUCAGGAGUUCUUUUAGAUACAACAUUAGUAUUAAUUGGACAGUCGUGCCUUUGGGAUCAUUUGUUAGAACAGCACACGGUGGUUGUGGUUGGAUCUCAUAGAACAAUUAAUGCUACAAGUGGACCAUAUGAACAAGUACUUAAAGUCGAAUCUAAAACUGAAUUGUUCAACAGCAAAGCUAUUCUUCUUCACCUUAAGGAACCCACAAUUAUCUCAUCUAUGGUAAAACCUAUGGCUGUUACUUCAUCGAAUAUGCCUGAUAAGGACUCUAUAUGCGUGGCAGUUGGUCAAAAUGAAAAAAAUUCCACAAUUAGCAUGUUUUUAAGAGAAAUGAGAGAUAACUGCUCCAUUCAUAAUAUAUGCUUUGAACGUAUAAUGAAAAACAAACUAUGUCAACCAGGAGUAUCAUCGCACCGCCUUUGGGCUGGCAUCAUUAGCUGCCACAAUCAAGACGGCUGGUAUCCUGCAGCUUCAUUUGUGGAUAGUCGAGGAGAAUGCGGUGUGGGAGAUCACAUAGUGGCCACUGAGAUUGUACAUCUUAGAAGCAGUAUACGAUCAACAGGUCUUUGUUUUACAGAAAAAAAAAUAUUAGAAACUAAAAAAGAAGACGCUUCCUCCUGUGACGGCGUGCGCUGUGGACGAGGUCGGUGCAUCAAUUUGAUGCAAGUCUGCAACGGUGUGAGCGACUGCGAAGAUUCCAAUGACGAGUCUGCACAGGCUUGUGAGAAGAAGAUGAAAAUAUGUCACAAUGAUCCACAUCGAAGCGGAUGCGAAUGUUCAUCAAACCAAUUGAGAUGCCACAACGGCAACUGUAUAUCGAAAGAGCUCUUCAACAAUGGGCACGACGACUGCGGCGAUAGAACCGACGAGCCUGACCAUCUCAGCUGUUCCAACUACUUGGCCAGGGUCAUGCCUUCUGGUCUCUGUAAUGGAGUACUCAACUGUGAAGAUCGGAGCGAUGAAGACCCUAUGUUCUGCAAGUGCUUUGCGGAGAAGACUUAUCCGUGCGGCAAAACUAGCAACGUGAACCACUGUGUGGCUCCAGACGUGGUUUGUGACGGCGUCAGAGACUGUCCAAAUGGCGAAGACGAAUCUACCUGCAUUGCACUCAAUGCACCUUAUGGAACUCCAUCUGGAAGCGGUCAAGUAAUAGUGCGUUCACACGGCAUUUGGCAUACCAAAUGUUACCCCACUGAGAAUCACACAAGAACUGAAUUAGAAGCUAUAUGCCGCGAACUCGGAUUCCUGAGUGGACACGCGAAGCAAGUCAAUCACUUAGCUAAAACUAUACCACCCAUUUAUAAUGCAGUACUAUUGGAUCCCUUUAGCAACGUCAGACUAAACAACAAAACCAGCAUCAAGUUGAGGAACACUCAGGAACCUAUGGCUAAAGGUAUCUUCGAUAACUCUUUGGAGAACUGCCACCCAGUUUAUAUAGAAUGUCUUUAAGUUAUUUAUGUUAUAUUUAGGAUAAAUAUUUAUGUAGGAAAAUUAAUCGUCGAAUUUAUUUUAUUACAUAUUUGGACCACUUUUGUUUUUUCUGUUCCUUUUCCGAACACUAACACCACAGCACACCACUUUGAAUUUAGAAUAUUUCUAUGAGAUUACUUAUGGCCAGUGAGAUUACUUAUAUCACGUGAAAUAGAAUUAUUCGCUUCAGGCAGCACUUGGUUAUUGGCUAAUAGGCCACGAUCGGGUUCUUCGUAACGAUUAGCGUAUUGUUAUCAAAAACUAAGCAACAUACGUCGAUUGGCUACGAUCAUGGACGAUGUUUGAACGUGCCAUGUUUUAUUAUAUACUGACAUCUAUCUUAAAACCAAACCAUUUUUGUAGCAAGAUAAAGCAGUAAAUAGUAGAUCCUUUAGAACCGGUUGUAUCCUAUUCAAUUGUAUCAGACAUAACCUUAAGAUGGCGCUGCAAAUAUAUUUUAAGAUUGAAUUUGAAUAAAUGUUGGCCCGAAUUGCUUCGAGAAACGGAUGGUAUGGCCGUGCCUCUUUUUUUGCUCGACUUGCGGGGGCACUGCCAUGCCCCCAGAUAUGAAAAAUAUUUGGAUUCGAGCAAAAA